GACAUGUGCUUUAGUUGCAGUGGAAAGGAAAUGUGUCAUCUGUGGUUUGGUUUUAAAACUGGAAAGCUAGCCGUACAUAUCCUUUUUUACUGCAGAUUUACUUUUAAGGUUCAUGAUCUCUAAGUCUGUUAUGUUGUAAGUUACAUGGAAGCUGUGCUUCAAGACAAGAAAAGAAGUGGCUUAUUAAAAUCAGGUUAUAAUCAGAUCUUGACAAGCAUUUUGUAAGUUUGUUUAUUUGGGGAUGACAGUACCUCUGGAUGAAGACAAUCAACAGCAGGCCUAUUAUCUACCCCGGGAGUACCAGUAUAUUCAUGAACAUGGACCACAUAAGACAUUACCUGCAUCUUGCCUUUCUGAUGACAACAGUUUUUUCUUUGUCUCUUGGAACAAAAGCAAACUAUAGCCAUCUGUGGGCUCACAACACUACUGUCUGGGAUCCAGAUAUUCAAAAUAAGACAGGCAGACACCAAAAUGAAAACCUUAACGCAAACCCUACAACUCCUGAAGCAGAUAAAAAAGGUAAUUCUACAAACAUGCCUGAAAUAGCAUCAUCAUCCCACAUCGUAUCUUUAACUCCUAAAUCUGAUCUGGAGCUUCAUAUACCUUCCGUUUUCCGGAACUGUUCUCCAACAGUACAGAGCAUCAAAAACACGAGCAAUAACCACAAUGAAAUUUUCAAAAAAGAUUCCUGUGAGGAGAACAACAAAAUGGCUAUGCUAGUUUGCUUAAUUAUAAUUGCAGUGCUUUUUCUUCUCUGUACCCUUCUGUUUCUAUCAACUGUGGUUCUGGCAAACAAAGUCUCAUCUCUCAGACGAUCAAAACAAGUAGGCAAGCGUCAGCCUAGAAGCAAUGGUGAUUUUCUGGCAAGCAGUGGUCUCUGGCCUGCUGAAUCAGAUACUUGGAAAAGAGCAAAGCAGCUCACAGGCCCCAGCCUAAUGAUGCAAUCUACUGGAGUGCUCACAGCUACAAGGGAAAGAAAAGAUGAAGAAGGAGCCGAGAAGCUCACUAACUAAGAGAUGCUUUAGUGAAGAAAAAUGCAAAGCAGCAAUGAGACAGUUUAUGAAGUAAAAAUGAAGUCAGCGUGAUAUUUAAUGCCAACAUGUUGGUUGGUCUGAUGUCUAAAAUUUGAGAUGGCAGGCUUGCGAUCUGAACCAAGCAGGUGAGAAGGACAGAAGUAGGCCUGCCUACUUAAUUACUUAAACUGUGUGUUUUAGGUCUGACACUGAAUAUUUUAAAAAGCAAAUAAUAAAACGAUCUACCAUUUGGGAAAGGUUUUAAAGACUAGUUGAAGGAACUAAGAGAAGUAGAAAGGGACAAUUAAGUAGUUCCUGUUCAACAAUAGUAGUCAGAUGAUCUUUGUCUGAAUGUAAUUUAACUUUGAAGAGUUUCACAGUAUGCCCUUAGGAGCAAGUAUAUGCUUCAACAUCUAACAGAGGUCAAGUUAUUAAUGCAUAGAGUUGAACUGUAUAGUUCAAUGGUACUUGUCAGCUGAAUACGACGGGAUCCGUACCAGCUCACAUAUCAAUACAGCUAAUUUUAUGCUAGAUGUUUUAAUCUUAACUAUGGCACACUUGUUUUUCUACUAUAAAUAUUUAAUUAAAACUUUUAAUUUUGUAUAAUAAAUUAAGAUUUGUUAGAAUAAAAUUGACUGUAUAUCUGCAUUCACAUCAUUAUCUUAGAGAACACCAUGAAGAUCAAUAAGAAAUGGAGCAUAACCGAAACAGAUGAGGUUUACAGCCUCACCAGAAGACUGAGUAUAACUGUAAAGCAUAUCUUACUGUUUAAGUGUAACACACCUCUAUUCCAUAAAUACUGCUUACUGGGUUAUUUAUAGCAAAUAUCCAAAGGCUGAUUAAUUUUUGGACUUCAGGAUGCCAAGUGGCCUAAUAAAUGACCAAUUUAA